AAUUCGCUGGAGCGCUGGCAGUCUCCACAGUCCCCAGGGCUGCUCUGCUCUUCCCAGGGGAGGGGAGGGGUGAGCUGCCCUGAUGGUCGUAGCCCAGCGUUUGUAGGUGCUGCAGCUGCAUCCCUGGUUCACGGAGGGAGAAGCCGUGUUGGAAGAGGCUGCCCGACGAUCAAAGGAAGAGGCGGGGGGAAGGUUGCAGUCUCCAGCAGCAGCAGCACGCCCUAAUGCGACCCCCCCCCCUUCCCCCGGUUUCCCAAGUGUCUCUCGGGGACUUUCUCACGCUCCGUCCUUUCCGUCUCUUACAGCAACUCGUUAUUCCCUCCGCCCCAGGAGAGGCAUAAAAACCCGCGCCGGAGCCACCCCAACGCGCCACCUCUUUCCCGCCACCACUUUCCAGCGGUCCAGUCCGCUGAGGAUCGAAGCUGCCUUCAGGUGAGAGGACGACUGGAAGCCGAGAGAGGCGGCCACGUUGGGGAGGAGGGAUUGGGGGUCUCUCGGCAAAGGAAGGGAGACAUCCAGGGAAUCCCCUGCCAUCCAAAGGAGUUCUGUCUUGUCCUGUUAGACUCUAAUGCAUUUGGGAAUGAGCACUUGUGGCAGAAAAGCUCUGACUCUGCUCAGCAGUGUGUUUGCCGUUUGUGGAUUGGGACUCCUGGGGAUUGCUGUAAGCACUGACUAUUGGUUGUAUCUGGAGGAAGGCAUCAUCCUACCCCAAAACCAGAGUGCUGAAAUCAAGAUGUCUCUGCAUUCUGGCCUCUGGAGGGUUUGCUUUUUGACAGGUGAAGAACAUGGAAGGUGUUUCACAAUAGAGUACAUCAUGCCAAUGAAUGUCCAAGUUACAUCUGAAUCAAUAGUCAACGUUUUAAAGAUGAUUCGUUCUGCCACUCCUUUCCCAUUAGUCAGCCUCUUCUUCAUGUUUAUUGGAUUCGUUCUGAGCAAUAUUGGGCACAUUCGUCCCCACAGAACAAUUUUGGCUUUUGUGUCUGGAAUCUUUUUCAUUCUGUCAGGUUUAUCUCUAGUUGUGGGACUCGUACUGUACAUCUCCAGCAUCAACGAUGAAAUGCUCAAUAGAACCAAAGACUCUGAGACAUACUUCACUUACAAAUAUGGGUGGUCAUUUGCUUUUUCUGCUAUCUCUUUUCUAUUGACAGAGAGUGCAGGUGUCAUGUCUGUCUACCUGUUCAUGAAGAGAUAUACUGCUGAAGAGAUGUAUAGGCCUCAUCCCGGCUACUACCGUCCACGGCUUAGCAACUGCUCUGACUACUCUGGGCAAUUCCUCCACCCAGAUACGUGGGUACGUGGGCGAAGUCCUUCAGAUAUCUCCAGUGAUGCUUCCCUUCAGAUGAACAGUAAUUACCCUGCUCUCCUUAAAUGUCCAGAUUAUGACCAGAUGUCAUCCUCUCCAUGCUGAAUGGCAAGAAUAUACCCUCAGUUUGGGAUGAAUAAAAAGCAGGUGAAUGAUGUAAUGUCCUGAGUCUGUAUUUUUAAAAAAGGGUACUUUGCCAGGAUAGCCCUGCCUCUAUUUAUACAAUUAGUAAAUGAUAUUACCUAGAGACGGUUUUCCCCUUCUGUGAUGCAUAUCUAGUAUACUACAGUUGCUGUUUUGAUCCUGCAGCUGUUCCAUAUACCCAAAUUUAUUUGACUCAGAGAGAUAUCAUGGAUGUGGAAAAGUCACAGGAUCAUACUUAAGAGAAUUUGAAACCAGAAAGACAUCACCAGAAUGAAUGACAGUCCUAUUUUUAAAAAAAAUCAAAGGUUUGUGGGUUUGUCUCAUUUUGUCUGUGAAACAUUAUCAGAUUAUAAAGGAGUAAAUAGUAAACAUUAAAUAGUGAGGAGUAAAUACUGUGAUUAAUAAUUUAAAAAGUACAAAUUGCAAGAUUGCUUGACAUUUUAUUUAAAAAUACGCCCAUCAAGUUAUGGCUUGGAGAUAUUUCAUGUUGGAACAUAGAUGACAAUUUCCUCUUAGCUGUGUGAAAUAAGGUUGUGUGUUUUCUUGGGAGCCAGGCACGUAACCUUCGCUGGCAUUCCCCUUCCAGUCUGAUUAUGCUUAGUCCAAUUUGGCUGUUUCCCAGGUAGGGUAAUCUCUCUGGCAUUAAAAGUACAGCAUCUUAAAAUAAAGUGCCUGAUGCUCUACUGGUGUAACGUUGUUUACUCUUCUAAUAUCUGACUCAAAAUGGACUCAGUUUUGCAUAAGAAACAAGAAUGACAGAUUGAGGUUUGUAGAUAACAUCUCAAUUGUUUAAUUCAGCCUGAUAGCUAAUGGAGCCAGGGCUACAACUAUACCUAGUGACAAUCAAGCCUUCUGUCUUAAAAAUAUAUAAAUCCCUGGUUUCAUUAAUUUUGCUAUAUAUUACCAACUGGGAACUGAUCACAAUAAAUCUGCUUGGGAUAUUUACUUUAGCUGUGGAGGAUUUAUUGGUCAUGCUGGUAUAAAGCUCUGUCUCUUUUUUGUAAAUAAAGUAUGCAGGAAAAGAAAUGUUUAUAUCUGUACAUUGCACUGUGUGUAUAUUACCUGUUGAGAGGACAACCAGAUUAUUCAGAGAAGUGCACCAAAUGUAAACAUUAUCAGUCUCUGAUCUUUCAUUGCUCAGAAAGCUUAAGAUAUGCAGAAUUUUUUUUACUUUUUCCUUUGAAAUUACAAUGUAUUGUAAUUAAAAACAAAUCAAAGUUUUCAGCAUAUCUGUAAUUAUCUCUGUUAAACAUAAAGAACUCCCCACUCACUCUUUAGCAGUAAGGAUUUCUGUUCUCAAUGACUAUAUGGGAUCUGUGCAGCUAUUCAUAUCAGUACUUGCUUACCCUCCCAAUUAUACAUGUGAUAUGAGCACUUAGUUUCUCAUUAUGUAUACUGAUCAUUGAUGUGCACUGUAUUUCCAAGUACUAAUGAAAUAUAUUCCUCAUAUUGUAUUUGUUUCAUUAUCAUGGUUCGAAUAUUCCAGUUGCUUAUACUGUUUCACUAUGUCUAAAUACAAAACUAUUGACACUCCAGUCCAUCAGAAUGCAUGUAGAUUGCAGAAACCUUUCUUUAAAAGCUAAAAACCAUUGCCACAUUUGGGUGAAGGAGAGUAAGCAGUGGAACUAAAGCAAGGCUACCCCUCUGAACAGUCACUCACAUGAGUUUUUAGCUGUUAAAAAAAAGCUCCAUGCAUGUUGCCCUGGCUGCAGAAUUAGUUGCCCAUGUAGCUCUCCAUGCAGCAAGGGAUAUGUACUCAGAAGCAUGCUUUGGUGCACAUGGUAUGGAUUGAAGUGGUGAUGUGUAAGUAGCCAUAUGAAGUAGACUAUUAAGAUUUUUCAAAUUUUUUACAACUGAUUUUUUCAGGGUUGUUUUUUUUUUACUGAUCUCCAAGGAAAGCAACUUACUUAUACCACUUUCUUUCCUAUACUCCAGAUCAGGAAUUUUUUCUUUUCUUUCUUUAUGUAACAGUUCAGUUUUUGAAGGACAUGCCCCUGUUGUUUCCAGUACAACAAUGCGAUACUACAGUUUGAAGUGUAACUUCGUUUCAGCCGAGUGAUGCACACAAAGAAAAUGAUCUAGCUAUAACAAACUGAACAAAUAGGUGCUAUUAAGGCUCCAUCUAAUUACAGGCAAUGUUCAUUCAGAAUUUUCUUUUAAAUUCAGAACCUUGUUUUGUAUAUUCUAAAAUAUGUAAAUACUCUAUUUUGUAUUUUCUCUUGGACAUUAUUUUUCUUCUUUUGUCAAAAUGUAUAUGUUUAUGUAUUAAGUAUGUAUUCAGACUUUUUAAAGGAAUGUACAAGAAUUAAAAGAGAAAAGUCCUUGAUUGGUUAUAAUUAAAACAGUGUCUUAGCAAGGA